AGGCACUGAAAACAGAACGACCAGCACUGCUGACUUGUAAACCAAAAGGAAAAUGAUACGUGUGUCGCUCAGGCGGAGCAUGUUGCUGGAGACCAAAUAGGGCAGUUCAGCAGCAGGAAAACCCCGUGGGUCCAGGCAGAAACUUGGAAAACUUCCUUGUGAUCUCGCUCUGUGUAGAGCCAUAAUCCACUAACAUGCGACAGCGUUAAGAGCGCUCCUUAACUGAUAAGGAACAAUCUUCUUGGCCUGUGCAUGGCUAAGCCCCAUACGACCUGGGAGAAAUCACUGCCCCAGGAAUCACGCCGACGGCUCCGCCGCCACUCCCCGGGCUGCAGGCUUACCAGCCCUUCUGCUUCCCCAGGAAGGUGACCCUCCUUGUCGUGGGCCUGGACAAUGCGGGCAAAACCACCCUGGUCAUGGACCUCCAGCGAGUGCUGGCCGGCGAGGUGCUGCCCGAGGCGAAGCCCAGCCAGACCCACCUGCGGGUGGACCGCUUUGAGGUGACGCUGGUGGACCUGCCCGGGGCGCAGCGCUUCCGCGGCGCCUGGCGCAGCCACUACGGCACUGCCCACGGGCUGCUCUUCGUCCUGGACGCCAGCGACCCCGGGCGCCUGGAGGAGGCCAGGAGGGCCUUGGCCCGCGUCCUGAGCCACCCCAACGUCUCCGGGAAGCCCCUCUUGCUGCUGGCCAACAAGCAGGACGAGGCGGCUGCGCUGCUGCCCUGCGAGCUCAUCGAGGGCCUCUGCCUGGAGCGGCUGGUGAACGCCAGCAAGUCGCCGUGCCGCGUCGAGCCGUGCGCGGCCGCCGUGGGCCUGCAGCGGGGCUGCAGCCGCAGCACCUUGCUGGGGCUGCGCUGGCUGCUGCGGGCCGUCGCCGCCGACUACGAGGCGCUGAGCGCCCGCCUCGGGCAGCCCAGCCCCGCGGCGCCCCGGCUCGCCCCCGGCCCGGCCGCACGGGGUCCCCCCGCUGGGCCGCGGCCUGCACGGCGGCCGCCGCCGGCCCCCGCCGCCCGCCCCUGCCCCUCCACGGAGCCGCCAGCCCCGCGGGAGGGCGCCCGCAGCCCCCCUGCCCAGGAGGAGAGCGCCAAGGGCGCUGGGAAGAGGAAGAGGAGGGCGAAGGCGAGGAAGAAGGGCUCGGGGCCGGCCCCCAGCCCCGCCGAGGAGGGCCCCGGAGGAGGGGGCGACGGCAGAGCCGGCGCUGGGCUGCUGCCCACCAACAGGGUUGGGCAGGAGGAGCCGGUGCCCGCCGCCACGGCCGCCCCGCCAGCAGGGCAGGGUGUGAAAAAGAAAAAGAAGAAGAAAAUCCAGAAUAAAAUCAAGUCGCAGGAGUCUGCGCUGGAGCAGCAGCGCGAGGCUGUCUCGAGCACCUUCGACCUGUACCGACGGGCGAUGCUGGCUCUGAAGAUGAGGCAGGAGCAGAGGAAGCAGCCGACGGCCAUCGCCCCCUGAGCGGGGCCCCGGCAUGUGCUGCCCGCCUUGGGGCACGCCGCUGGGGCACAGGGUCUCUGCCACCCGUGCUGCCGGUCCCUCGGGGCGGGCGGUCCCAGAGCUCCCAGGUCCUGGGGAGAUCCCAGCCUGUGUCGCAGCGGUGGGGGGACCCGCUGCUGGUGCAGGGCUUGGGGGUGCUCGCCCAGGGCUGGCCAUCCUGGGAGAUGGGUCCUGAAGCACGAACGCCAGCAGCGUCCUCUGCAUGACAUCAAAAUUGGGGAUUUGCAGGAGUGAGCCAAAGAAACCCUUUAUAAAAAGCUCCUCCAACAGCCUGGCUGCAAACUCUUCUGAACAAGAAACAGCAGCCGGCCACUUCUCCCACCCCACGUUAAUGUUCUCCAUAUGUUCUCCAUAAGCCUUGGUCUGAACCCGGCCAAGGCUGCAGGAGAGAGGAAGAUCAGAGCAAACAUCCCAGGGCAAAAGUGGUACAACCUGGCCUGGACCGAGGCAUGGCCAAGCAGGGCUGACUUCACAGGGCCAGGGCUUCCCUGGCUGCUCGUUCAGUCCCUGGGUGCUGCAAGGUGAGUAUUUUUCCUCCUAACGAGGCUGGGCAGGAAGCUGCUGCUGACGUCUGGAAGAGCUUCGCUCAGCCCUCGACCGCAUCCGCUGAGGCCAUGUCAGGAGUCUUCGCGCACAGUGGAGGACGGCGAUGUCUGCAUGUCCUGGUACAUCACCAAUGGAGAUUUGCCAGGCAGACUUUUUUUUCUUUUUUCUUCUUUUUUUUUUUUUUCCUUCUCGGUUGAAUUGGAGGCAACUGGUGGUGGAGGCUGCUGGAGGCUCCUCCCCAGAGGGUACUGCUGCCCCCCAGGAGAGACAGCUGUGACUUUACAGCUAACGCGCCAUCCCCCAGCGUGGCUGACAGCCUGGCACCCUGCAGCCCAGCACAGCUACCUGGCCUCGGGUCGGGUCUGAGAGGGGAGACAGAGCCGGCGUCUGCAUCGCACCACAGCCCAUACGUGACACGUGUCCUCCCUGGCUACUGACUGCCAGGCAAGGCCUUCCCGGGCCUCUGAGGACUUUGGGGGACUUUGGGGAGCCAGACUCCCUUCCCUGAGUCUGGCUAAAAGAUGGGGGAGAGAAACUCCUACUGCUCUGUCUUGCUAGCCUGCUGCAAAGUUUUGUCUAACUGUCAGCUGUACCAGCCACCGACUGUAGCGAGCCAUUAUAAAUAACAAGAUCAACAAAAUAA